UGACCGUCUAUUCGGUUGACCUAGGGGCGUUAACGUCAAAUCGAAUCACGCCGCAAAACAUCUGAUGCAAACCACCCCUUUCUUCUUCCUCCUCCUUCUCUUUUGAUCUGCAACUGCAACUGCAACUGCAACAACAAGCACAACAACUCAAACAAAGUCAUUCUAAUUCGUAACAAAGAGAAGGAAACUUUGAAGUCAAAUUUGAAACUCCAAAGCACUGAACGAACUCAAUUGAAACCCUAGCACAUAGUCGAAGAUAGUAGAGUGGAUAACAGUGUGUGAUGUGGUGAUCCUAAUCGCAAGCAUGAUGAACAACUCGAACGGCAUGAUUUCGAAGACGUCGUCUUCGUCGAAUACGGCACAAUCGCAACAAUCACAAUCCACUGGCCUCAAGAUGCAUUUCAAGACUCCCGAGGGCCGAUACAAGCUUCACUGCGAUAAGACUUAUCCUUCCACUCUUCUUCACUACGCUCAUGGCAAAACCGUCUCUCAGGUAACUCUGGCACAUCUCAAGGACAAGCCAGUGCCUUUGACUCCGACUGGGCAGUCUUCGACUUUCAGUGCCACCAGUGGGGUACGGUCGGCAGCAGCGAGAUUGUGGGGAGGAAGCAAUGGAGGCCGGUCUCUUAGUUUUGUUGGAGGCAAUGGUACCAGCAAGAACCUUGGGGGGAACUCUAGGAUUGGUUCAAUUGGUGCUUCUAGUUCAAGUAAUUCAACCACUAAUUCAAAUUUUGACGGGAACGGAACGUACUUGAUCUUCAAUGUAGGGGAUGCAAUUUUCAUAAGUGAUUUGAAUUCACAAGACAAGGAUCCUGUAAAGUCUAUCCACUUCAGUAAUUCAAAUCCUACGUGCCAUGCAUUUGAUCAGGAUUCUAAGGACGGGCAUGAUUUGAUCAUUGGCUUGAAUACUGGCGACGUUUACUCAGUGUCACUGAGACAACAAUUACAGGAUGUUGGUAAAAAGCUUGUUGGGGCCCAGCAUUACAACAAAGAUGGUUCUGUCAAUAACAGUCGUUGUACUUGUAUUGCUUGGGUGCCUGGAGGUGAUGCUGCCUUUGUUGUAGCUCAUGCUGAUGGGAAUUUGUAUGUAUAUGAAAAGAACAAAGAUAGUGCUGGUGAUUCUUCAUUUGCGGUUGUCAAAGAUCAAACACAAUUUUCUGUUUCCCAUGCACGUAACAGUAAGAGUAAUCCAAUAGCCAGAUGGCAUAUAUGCCAGGGUUCAAUCAACAGUAUUUCUUUCUCAACCGAUGGGACUUACAUAGCAACUGUUGGACGGGAUGGUUAUUUACGAGUGUUUGAUUACUUAAAAGAACAACUUAUAUGUGGUGGGAAAAGUUAUUAUGGUGCUUUGUUAUGUUGUGCUUGGAGCAUGGAUGGAAAAUAUAUUUUGACGGGAGGAGAGGAUGAUUUAGUUCAAGUUUGGAGUAUGGAAGAUCGCAAGGUUGUGGCAUGGGGUGAGGGACACAACUCAUGGGUCAGCGGAGUGGCUUUUGAUUCAUAUUGGUCAUCACCUAAUUCAAAUGAUGAUGAAGAGACCAUUAGAUAUCGAUUUGGUUCUGUUGGUCAGGACACACAAUUGCUUCUAUGGGACCUGGAAAUGGAUGAGAUUGUGGUACCCUUGCGACGUCCUUCUGGUGGAUCCCCAACUUACAGUGCUGGAAGCCAGUCAUCCCAAUGGGACAGUGUUGUCCCGUUGGGUACCUUGCAACCUGCUCCUAGCAUGCUGGAUGUUCCGAAAAUCUCUCCACUCGUUACCCACCGUGUUCAUACCGAACCACUCUCAGGCUUGAUAUUUACCCAGGAAUCUGUACUUACUGCUUGUCGGGAGGGGCACAUAAAAAUCUGGAUUAGACCUGCAGCUGCUGAGAGCCAAUCAAGCAACUCUGAAACUCUGUUAUCCACCGGCCUUAAGGAGAAGCCUUUAAUUUUGAGACUAAAAGCCAUGCGAUUUACUUCUCAUUGGUGCCUUGAGUGGCCUCUGGUUUUUAAUCGAGCCCAACGGCACCGUGUGAUCAAUGUAGUUGAUCUCACCUAGUGGGUUAAAAGCUAUUAUUAUUGUUCUUAAUAUGGUUUAUCUUUUUAUCCGGUUGAUUACCUGAUUAAUUUUUUUUAUUCUAGUAAAGGUAAACCAAACUGGUUCUAUUCUAUAUACUGGGAUGAGCGAGUACUUUUUCGGGCCUCCAACUGUAAGUAAAAAACGGCUGUCAUUACUCAUUAGUAUAUGCCUCAUAACAGGAAUAAUUGUGUGCACAUCGAUACAUAGUUGGGGUGGGGAGGGAGCGAUUUGUGUAAUGGGAACAUUCUUAAAAAUGUCUCGGAGAAUUCAAGGGUGGAUGUUACUGGAAACGAUGUUUGGUUUCA